CUUUGGGAUCGCCGGCUUAUUUAAAAAGCUCGUACACGCUCUUUUCUCGUAUAAAACGUUUGUUUCGCAUUUGUAACAUCGCCGACAUUGCGUGAUAUCGUUUUCCGUCCUAUUAUCGCUCUUCGCUUUAUUGUUAAUACCUACAUACCCAAAAAUGAGGGAAUGCAUAUCAGUUCACAUUGGUCAAGCCGGAGUACAAAUUGGAAACGCAUGCUGGGAAUUGUACUGUCUCGAACAUGGAAUUCAACCUGACGGACAGAUGCCUUCUGACAAGACAAUCGGUGGCGGUGACGAUUCCUUUAAUACAUUUUUCAGCGAAACUGGAUCCGGAAAACACGUACCACGAGCGGUUUUCGUCGAUUUGGAACCAACCGUCGUAGACGAGGUGCGCACGGGAACCUACCGGCAGCUUUUCCACCCCGAACAGUUAAUCACAGGAAAAGAGGAUGCGGCCAAUAAUUACGCCCGCGGUCAUUAUACAAUAGGAAAGGAAAUUGUAGAUAUCGUUUUGGAUCGGAUGCGAAAACUGGCGGACCAAUGCACCGGUUUACAGGGAUUCUUAGUUUUUCACUCGUUCGGAGGAGGUACCGGUUCGGGAUUUACAAGUUUACUGAUGGAGAGGCUCAGUGUCGACUAUGGCAAAAAAUCAAAACUGGAGUUCUCUAUUUAUCCAGCACCACAAGUCUCGACUGCAGUCGUAGAGCCAUACAAUUCUAUAUUAACAACGCACACAACUCUCGAGCAUUCCGACUGUGCUUUUAUGGUUGACAAUGAAGCCAUCUACGAUAUCUGUCGCAGAAACUUGGACAUCGAACGUCCCACGUACACGAAUCUAAAUCGUCUGAUUGGACAGAUCGUUUCCUCGAUUACCGCUUCGCUCAGGUUCGACGGGGCUUUAAAUGUAGACUUAACCGAAUUUCAAACAAAUCUGGUACCUUAUCCCAGAAUUCACUUUCCACUGGCUACGUAUGCUCCGGUAAUUUCCGCCGAGAAGGCUUACCACGAACAACUCACAGUAGCGGAAAUUACAAAUGCGUGUUUUGAACCAGCUAACCAAAUGGUAAAAUGUGACCCCAGACAUGGAAAAUACAUGGCCUGCUGUAUGUUAUACAGGGGGGAUGUUGUACCAAAAGACGUCAAUGCAGCAAUCGCUACUAUCAAAACGAAGCGCACCAUACAGUUUGUGGAUUGGUGUCCUACAGGUUUUAAGGUUGGUAUCAAUUACCAACCGCCCACCGUAGUGCCUGGGGGAGAUUUGGCGAAAGUUCAACGGGCAGUCUGCAUGUUGUCAAAUACCACUGCUAUUGCUGAAGCUUGGGCCAGAUUGGAUCACAAAUUUGAUCUUAUGUACGCUAAGAGAGCCUUUGUGCAUUGGUACGUGGGAGAAGGUAUGGAAGAAGGCGAAUUCUCAGAGGCCCGCGAGGAUUUAGCUGCACUCGAAAAGGAUUAUGAAGAGGUGGCGGUGGAUUCACUGGAGGGUGAAGGCGAUGAAGGCGACGAAUACUAAUAAAUAUACAACAAAAAACGAGCACCAGCACUGCGUUUACUAGAUAGCGAAGGAUGACUUGCUUUUUUAUAUUGAAAUAUUAGGUUCAAAAUAUGUUAGUUACUAAUACCUACUGAUUGAUCAACUAAUCAAUUUUAUACCGCUUUAUAUGAAAUGGCAAUAUUAUGAAUUAUUAAUUUCGUAAUAUACUGUGACGUUUU